AGUCGUAGAAUCUCCUGUAUUUCCUGGAAAGGAGACGAGGAAAAGUCAUAAGAAGUUCUUGCUCGCCUCUAAAAAGUUGUUUACCUGACUUCAUCUACAGUCUAAAGCGAGAAAGGUGGAAACGGAAAACAGAAUGUCUCUGAUGGAGCACGUUGGUGGCACCCACAACAGGCCGGUGACGGCAGUGGCCUGGGCCUCCAACAGCAGCACCUGUCCCAAAGACUUCAAUCUGAUUAGUGUAACUGAGGAUGGAGUUGCUGCUAACUUCACACGGAGCUUCGCCAUGAAGGCUGGCUACUUCCUCUGCUACAGCAAGGACAUGUCAGGUGGUAUGGUAGUAUCAGAUGUCCAGGUGAUCUCAGACAAGGAGACUGUUCCUCAUGGGUACUGUUACAUACCUGAACACCUGGAGCCUAGGGCCUCUGUGUCUAAGAAGAAGCGUGUGUGUGUCCGCAUGGUGCCAGUGGGUGGUGUGGAGACCGCUGUACUGGACAUCAAACUGACGGCUAAGACUAGGAGGAUGCUGCAGCACUACACCUGUUUAGGGGACAUGCAUGGCUAUGUGAUGUGGUGUAAGAAGGGGCCCUUCUCCAGCCCUCUACCCCAGGCAAAGCCUCGCAGCCUCAGCCUUGACCUCCGUCAGCUCUCCCUGGACCAGAACCCCCCUCCGCUACCCCUCAGACCCAGCAACGCUCCACCCAUGCCCCCUGGCAGGAAGCUCAGCCAUCGCCGCAGCAACCUCCAAUUGAACGACACUCUGGACAAAGUGGUUGACAGUAGCAACAUCUACGGCAUCUCAGCCAUAGAUGGUGUUCCCUUCACUCUGCACCCCAAGUUCAAGACCCAAACCAACGGCACGACCCCAACAAACACUCUGAACAACAUUCGCAUCAAGUCUGUCCAGGACAUUGAAAAUGAGUACAACUACACUUUCACCGUGGAGGAAAACGCAGCCAAGAGAACCAGACCUCUCACCCCAGGAAGCACCUCUUAAGCUCAAUGACCUUUCAACUCCGACCUCAACAACGGCGGCCUGCUCGACCCACAACACUACGGGGUUCAAUGUGAUAUGUCGGGGUCAUGAAAUGAUAAUCAAUGUCCAAGUGCCUAGAAGACGACUGACUAGAACAGAAGUGUCAUUCUGCAUUCCAGAGUUCCUUCACAACUCCAUUGUACCGACAUUCUUAUUCCGUGUUCUAAACUCUCACACAUGUCAUUCUCACGCCCCGUAUAUGGGACCAGUUAUAUAUGUUAGAGAUGACUCUUUGAGGGAGAAGAGAACGGUGUCUGGCAGGGUAUGCUUGUUUCUCUUGUUAGAAUAAUGGAAGGAACCUGUUGUGGUGGACCUGUUAACGUCAGGCUGUGGAUCUUCAUCUUUAUUGGGAUGUUUAGGGACUAAACUAAAUGUUGUUACACUUUCAAUGUAAAUCAUGUUACUGUUAUGUGUCUGUGGUGAAACAUGGGUCAUUUCAUGGUUUUAAAAGAAUAAGGAAGUAUGGUUACCUGUAACUGGUCGUAUCUGUAUAUUGUGCCUCGCAUGCAAGUAUAAACAAAUAAAAUACCAAAUCAUUUGA